AUAGUGAAGCCCAAAUACUUCGGUGACGGUGAGUUCCCAAAUUCGAAUUUGAAGAGCCCAAUUCAUUUUUUCCCAAAUGACUAACCUACUAUGCAACGAGGAGCGAAGGAGUCAGAGAGGCAUAAACCGCCGCUGAAGUGAAGGUCACUCGGCGGCGGGAGUUUCUGGCUCUGCCUUUGCCCGGAGCUUCUCUGCGCUUGAAGCGAUGGCGAAAGGCGACGAUUCAAUUCGGAGGAAGAAGAACAAGGAGCAUCGAAAAAAGCUUGGAAAGGAGUCUUCCGCGGUCUCUUCUCGCGUCGCUGCCAUUAUCGCCGCCAAGAAGCGUCGCAAGUCAGGCAAACGCCGUAUCUGCGAGGGAAUGUGUUUUAGUCUUCCUACUCUUGAUGAUCCCUUCAAUGACAGACAUGGAAAAAAGGAUUUGAGAAGACAGGAAGCUAAGAAAUGCGUGCCUUUGCAAGCAGCUGGCAAGAUAUCUAUGAAUGGGAAGACUGCUUCUCUCAAGAAAGGAAAUCUUGGCAGGAACAGUAUAAACGUUUGUCAUGAAGAACAGAAAAAGGGGGAGGAUAAGGCACUGGAUAAGGAGAAGAGUAACCUUUCCAAGUUAGGACAAACAAAGAUCCAGCUAAUUGGGGAGACUAGUGUACAUGCAAAACAAUUACAGACCAGUGAAAACUCAGGUUGUCCGUCAAAGUUUCUUCUUAUGUGCUUGAUUUCGAUACAGAAUGCAUUGCAGCAAAAUGGUACCUAUAAUGGUGCAGAGGACAAGCCUUUGUUUGCUAAUGCAUGGGGAGUUGAGUUCUGGAAGGGUUAUUCAGUUGGAAAGGACAUACUGGAGACAAGCGGAUCUAGUCUGACAAUAGAGCAAGUUGCAUGGAUAGCUUCUACUGCUGCUGAUACUAUUGCAAGAAAGGAGAAAGAAGGUCUAUCAUUCACCAGCCCCUUUCUUUUAUUCCUUGUACCGUCUCAAGAGAAGGCAACAAAGGUACGAUCCGUGUGCAAGCCUUUGAAGGCACAUGGAAUACAUACAGUGAGUUUACAUCCUGGUGCCUCCUUAGAUCACCAAAUUCAUGGAUUAAAGAGUUGUGAGCCUGAGUUCCUUGUGUCCACACCUGAGAGGCUUUUGGAGCUUAUUGCCUUGAAUGCUGUAGAUAUAUCAGGGGUCUCUGCGCUGGUUGUUGAAGCACUGGAAACUCCUGUUAAAGGCUGUUACAUUGAGAUGAUAAAAUCUGUUCGGCAAUUUAUUCCUGGGAGUCCACAUACUGUGGUUUUCAGUGAUUGCUUGAGUUGUGCAUCCGUUAACCUGGUGCAAAGUCUUCUGACAAGAUUGAUCUGUAGGUUAUUUCUUAAUGGAUCUAUUACUAGUCAAAGUGCAUGCAUCCACCAGUGUGUACACGUCUUUGCCUCACAAGAAGAAAAACUAUCACAGGGGAUCCAAGUUUUAGAUGAAGCUUGUGGGAGUCAAUUGUCCCAGUUUUGCAAGAUGCUUGUAAUAAUUGGGAAAGACAGCAAAAUUCAUAAACUUGUUGCUGCCCUUAAAUCGAAGGGCUAUUCCAUUUCCUCCAAUUCAGUUUCUGAUAAUUCAGCUGCAGAAGAGAGCAAAAGAAGUCCUGCAGUCUCUUUGAUCAAUGUAGAGCACAUCAAUGCCACUGAUUUAGAGGAAUAUGAAGUUGUAAUAAUUCCUGAUUUUGCACUAUCAAUUCACAUUUAUGUCCAAGUUCUGACAAGGAUGGCCCGCCACUCCGUCAAUGGUGUGCUGUUGAGCUUUUUAACUCCAGAGGAUGCAUUGCUCGCGGGACCUCUGAUAGAUACCCUUGAGCAGUGUGGACAGGCUGUCCCUGAAUCCCUAAGAAACAUGUGUCACUCUACAUCAUCCAUGUUGGAAAGGAAUUUCACCUCGACAAGAUCAUUAUCUGUAGGAAGAACUUGAAGUUGUGAAUUAUGAAAUCACUUGUUAGCACUGAAGGAGCAGUAGUCAUCACGUAUAAAUACGGUUGCUGGGCUUAAAAGUUUGAGUCACUACAGAUCUUAAGCUCAUCCAAAUACAGGAUAAUUAACUACUCACUUCAGGGUAUAAAAUUGAAGGCAGUUACAGUUAAAAUAAAUUAUACUCUGAAGUCUAAAUUCCCCAUCUAUGUGUAUCCAAUGGUACCCCAUUUUUUUAAAUUUAUUUAUUUAGAAGGAAGAAAAUGUUGUGGGUUGGGUGAGUGGGGAAGCGUAGCGUAUGUAUAUUUGGACAUCUCACCUUCUAAUUUGUAUGACGGCGGGCGCAGUUCACGACCGUUGAGCCAUUUAAUCACAAUAAUUGCAGCCUUCUUUCCUUUAUUUA